AUGGAAAGAUUCUUGGUUAGUGCAGCCACGGGAGCGAUGCGUUCCCUCCUAGGAAAGUUGGGCACUAUGAUGGGCGAUGAGUACAAGCUGCUCAAAGAUGUCCGUGGCAACAUCGAGUUCCUCAGGGAUGAACUCGAGGCGAUGCACGCCUUCCUCCUGAUGAUGGCAGAUGUGGAGGAACCUGAUCCACAAGCCAAGCUUCGUUCUAAUGCUGUCCGGGAGCUCUCCUAUGAGAUCGAAGACAAAGUCGAUAAGUUCAUGCUGCUUGUGAACCAUGAGCCAAGUUCCAAGACCGAUGGUUUCAUGGAGUUUUUUGACAAUACAAUGAAGAAGAUAACAAACAUCAAGACACGCCAUAAGAUCGCCAAGGAUGUCAAAGACAUCAGGAGCCAAGUUACGAAGGUCAGUGAGAGAUAUGUGAGGUACAACAUCGAUAAGACCUCCAGGCAUAGAAAUAAAAAGGUUGACCCUCGACUUUGUGCGGUCUAUAAAGAUGCAUCACAGCUUGUUGGCAUCAAGGGCCCGAGAAAUAAGCUUGUGAAGUUGUUAAGUUAUGAGGAGAGCGAAUUCGCCAACGAGCCAAAAGUUAUCUCUAUUGUUGGAUCUGGGGGAUUAGGGAAGACGACUCUAGCCAGACAGGUCUAUGACAAGAUUGGAGCGGAUUUUGAGUGCCGAGCUUUUGUUUCAAUUUCACGAAGUCCUGAUGUGGCGAAGAUCUUGAGUUCUAUUCUAUCUCAGCUGCACAACCGAGAAUAUGCUCUUGCAGGAGGAGGGGAUCCACCGCUGAUCAUCGAUGAGAUUAGGGACUUCUUGGCCAAUAAAAGGUACUUCAUCAUAGUUGAUGAUAUAUGGGAUAUUCCAACAUGGCAAACUUUGGAUUGUGCAUUGCUCAAGAAUAGUAGUGGAAGUGUUAUAAUGACCACAACGCGUAUACAUGAUGUAGCUCAAUCAUGUUGCUCUUCUCAUGGCAAUGGAAUCUACAACAUCCAACCACUUAGUGAUGCUAGCUCAAGGAAGUUGUUCUUCAAAAGAAUAUUUGGCCGUGAAAAGAAGUGCCCUGCUAGCUUGAGAGAAGUCUCAGAAGAUAUUCUAAAAAAAUGUGGUGGUUUACCACUGGCUAUCAAUGCCAUAUCUAGCUUAUUGGCUACUGGAAGAACAAAAGAAGAGUGGGAUCGUGUGCGGCACUCUAUUUGCUUUGCACAAGGCAAAAAUUCUGACAUUGAUGCCAUGGCUUACAUAUUAUCGCUGAGCUACUUUGACCUCCCCCUUCAUCUAAGAAGUUGCCUAUUGUACUUGACUAUGUUUCCGGAAGAUUGUCGUGUUAAAAGGGUGCGUUUGGUUCAUUUAUGGAUUUCUGAGGGUUUUAUCCACGGCGAAGACGGAGAAAAUCUUGUUGAAUUAGGAGAGACAUAUUUCCAUGAGCUUGUUAACAGAAGUUUAAUACAACCUGUUGACAUAAAGUUUGGUAAGGCAUUAUAUUGCCAAGUCCAUGACACCGUCCUUGAUUUCCUCAUUUAUAUGUCUUCUGAAGAGAACUUCUCUACUUUGUUAAGCAAUAAAGCAAAGUUAGAUUGCAUUAGCACUGUUCGUCGAGUCUCUUUGAUGGGAAAUGAAGAUCCAGGAAUCAUCGAGAAAUUGGAUUUCUCACAUGUUCGAUCACUCAUUACCUUUGAGCCUACACAACAGUUGCCUUCCCUUGUUAAGUCAAAUGCUCUGCGUGUACUGGACCUAGAAUAUUGUUCUCAAUUUGGAAAUCAUCAUGUCAAAGAUAUUGGAAGACUUCUUCAGCUGCGGUACUUGAACAUCGAAGGAACAUCUAUAACGGAGCUUCCUAAACAAGUUGGAAACUUCAAAUUUCUGGAGACUCUAAUCACACCACGCUAUGAAUUAUUUGUGGUGCCUGAAUCAAUUACUCGUCUAAAACGACUGGCACGCCUGUCUGUUUCAGAAAAAACUAUAUUUCCUGAUGGGAUUGGAAACAUGAAGAACUUACAAAUGCUUCGGGAUAUAAAUCCCUUUAUGCAAUCACUGAACUUUGUAGAAGGGCUUGGCAAUCUAAUAAAUCUAAGGAAGCUGGGAAUUUAUUGGGACACCAGGGACUCUGACAUUCGAAGUUCUAUGAAAGAGAAGUUAGCGGUGUCCCUCUGUAAACUGGAUGAUUGUAAGCUUUGCAACCUGUGCAUUACAUUUUGUUUGGGAGAAGAGGAUGGCUUCAUACGGGAUUUGUGCUUCCGGAGCCUCAACAGUGUUCGUAAAAUUUAUCUUGCUCAUGGAGAAAUCCGUUGGAUUACCAGGUGGCUAAUUUCACUUCCUAAUCUAGAAAAAUUAUGCAUUAAUAGUGGGGACAUAGAGCAGCGGGAUGUUGAGAUGCUUGCAAGCAUAUCGACCCUGGUCAAAUUUGAUUUGAACGCUGACUGGGAAGCUCCGAUCAUCAUCACUGGUGGAUUUGAACAGUUACAGAAGUUUUACGUUGGUGUUUUUAAUGGCUUGAUGUUUGAAGAGGGCACUAUGCCGAAUCUCAAAGAGCUUACACUUGUUGUUAACCUAUUUUGGUUCAAAUCUUCCGGUAGUGGUUUCGAUUUUGGCAUCCAGCACCUAUCCAGCCUUGCUAGCCUCCGUGUCACCAUGUUUUUCUCUAAAGUAAGCUAUGAGUACGUGGAUGCUGCGGAGGAUGCUUUCAAUGUCAUGGCCAAGACACACCCGAACCGCCCCACAUUGGAAAUUUCCAUAUAUGAAGAGUAA